AUGCAGUCCAACCAGAGAGGAGGAAGCCCGGAGACUCCCGAAAAUAUCAAGAGGAGUAUGGAAGGGGGGAUAUCCUGGAUCCAAAACACAUACGGCAGUGACGUUGAACGCCUGCGCGAGAAGAUCGGAUACCUCGGGAUACCCGAACUCAUUCUGGAUGAGCAAUUACCUGACUUUCCUACCAAAGAAGCUCUAUACAAGAGCAUCAAAAUCGAACUGCAUCGUUUGUCGAGAAUUCCCAAAAAGAUACGCGAACACUACGACGUCACGUCGACGCACGGGGACGGCAAUCACGAUGUGUGGAGAUUCAAAGUAGCGUUGCUCUCCGUGCAACAGAAAGUGCUAGAGGCAGCAUCCACAUUCGAGAGUUUCCUGAGCGGUAAACCCGAUGAUCCCGAUGAACUCCUCCUGGCCAAGCUUCAGCAGAUCGACGAUUUGUAUCCGCGGUGGCUCGAAAAGGAAAAGGAGCCGAAGACAGGCGAGAUCAUGGAAGUGCUUUGA